AUGGGGUAUGUAAGGAAUAAAAAGAAAAUUGGGAAAGGGUAUCGGUAUGAAUUGUCGAUUGACAAUAAUUGUGUAUUUUAUGAGGAGUGGUGGCGGGUGGUGCGGGCCGCAAGGCUGCAGCGCGGCAGACAGUGCGGCGGUGCGACCGGCGCGGGGUGCGCGGGCCGCGGGGUGCCGCGCCGCCGCGAUGCUGCGCGCCUCUCAGUCGAGACGCGAGGCCCGCCCGCCCUAGCCGCCCGUGCAAACGCCCGCCCGCCCCGCGCUCUCUAA